AUGUCGUUCCAGACAAAGCAGAUAGUGCUGGGGGUUGGACCAAAAAAAGCCUUGAAAAUACGGAUUCGUCGUUGCAAAUUCUGCAACCAUUUGCAUGACAGAAGAGAAGACAAGAAAAUUAUCCACAUCUGCAAACCAGUUGUUGGUGCGGAAGACGAUACAUUGACGGAUCGUUUGAAGGAGCUGGGCUUACAUGAGGAGGAUGAAGAGGAGGAGGAUGACAAUGAGGAGGUGGAACAGGAAAUGGAUGAAGAUGAGCAGCAACCGACAGAACAAACAGGCAACCGAAAGCGCCAAAUUGCCAAAACAAAUGGUCCAAGAAAAAAGCAAAAGCGUAGUUAA